GGCAGAGCGGGGCUGCGCCGCGCCGAGCCCCGGAGCUGCCCGCAGCCCUGCGGGCGCGGUGCCCGCCUAGGUGCCGGGCCGCGGCGUCUCCCGGCUGCUCACAGGAGCAGCAGCUCGCUGGGCUGGAAGGCAGCGGCUAGGAUCGGUCCGUCUGCCGGGGAGAGCACGGUGUGUGUGGACGGUCCUGCGAGUCACGGCGGCCGGGGACUGAGUUUCUUAAUUUGUGACCCGCGUCUCAUCCUCCGGAUUCUGUUUCUCCUCGCUUAACGGAUCGACGGAGGAGCUCGGAUGGGGUUUUGCGGAGCCUUUUUUUCUCUGAAAACAUUGCUGCUAAAAAGUUCCAAACAGGAGAAGUAACUCCAGUCAGCUUGUCAGGUCACUGGCUCAGAGUAAAAGCGCUUUCAUGAGGUAACGUUGGGCCAAAGUCAACUUUUCCUUCUCCUUUGUAAAUCUGCAGCCAAGCAAUGGGCCAGAAAAUCUCAGGGAGCAUAAAGUCUGUGGAUGUGAGGGAGCCCCCAUACAGACCUGUUAAACGAGAGCUGAGAGGCCCGGAUUUUUGCAAGCCGGCGCGACUGGACAUGCUGCUGGAUAUGCCCCCUGCCAAGCUGGAGGUCCAGUAUAAACACGCUUGGAACAACGAGGAUCGCUCCUUAAAUAUAUUUGUAAAGGAAGAUGAUAAACUGACUUUUCAUAGACACCCAGUUGCCCAAAGCACAGACUGUAUCCGGGGCAAAGUCGGCUACACGAGAGGCCUCCACGUCUGGCAAAUCCACUGGCCCACGAGGCAACGGGGAACUCACGCCGUGGUCGGUGUCUCCACGGCUGAAGCUCCGCUGCACUCCGUGGGGUACACGUCGUUGGUCGGUAGCAAUAGUGAAUCGUGGGGCUGGGAUCUGGGUCGCAACAAACUCUACCACAACUGUAAAAACCAGCCUGGGGUCACGUAUCCUGUAUUUUUGGAACCGGAUGAGUCUUUUGUACUCCCAGACUCCUUACUGGUGGUUUUGGAUAUGGACGAAGGGACGCUUAGCUUCAUGGUAGAUGGACAAUAUCUUGGAGUGGCCUUCAGGGGACUGAAAGGGAAAAAACUUUACCCCAUAGUCAGUGCAGUUUGGGGGCACUGUGAAAUUACAAUGAGAUACAUCAACGGACUUGACCCGGAACCCCUGCCUUUAAUGGACUUGUGCCGAAGAUCAAUUCGUUUUGCUCUUGGCAGAGACCGCCUGCAUGACAUAGAAAUUCUACCUUUGCCUCUGUCUCUGAAAAAUUAUUUACAGUACCAAUAAGACGUCUAGAACUCUGGCCUCACAUUGGACUUCAUCAAUGCAAAUGGCAGGAAAUUGUUUACAUCAAAAU